UCGGGUUUACGGGACUUUGGUUACCUAAAAUGGGGUUCGUUCGAUGUUGUCCUGCACACUGAUUUCGUGAAUUUUGUGAAUAAAGUAAACUAUGGAAAGAAGCUCCUAAAAAAGUGGAUAAAGACGUGGUUUGAACACGGGAGCUGGAAUAGAAGAGAGAAAAUAAAGGUUAAUUCCGGCUGCCCCAUCUGUGUGCCAGAAGUACGCAGAGCGAGAGGGAGUUUAUUGGAAAUUCUCGAACCCCCAGCGGGACGGUCUCGCUUUCAGCCACCGAGCUUCCAAAAGUCCCAAAGCCUUGGUAUCAAGUCAACAAACUGAUGCAGACUUCUUCAACUUUUCAAAAAAGGGCGUAAAGGCUGCUGGCUGUCCUGUCCUGCCUUGUCACCGAGCAGAGCAAACCGCUGAGCAGAGGACAGAGCCCCGAUGCCAGUGGACAUGCAGCCACAUCAGGGGCUGUAUCAUUAUGACUCUACACCCAACCAGCCUCCCAGAGGCCUUGCUCCAUCAGGAAGGUCACCCUACAGUGAUGUGUCAUCGCUCCGCGCUCCACUCCACAACGGCCAGCCUCUGGACUGCAGGAACAUGUACAACCCUAUGACCCCUAACCCCAUGACCCCUAACCCCAGGACCAACCCUAACUCUGGGGUCAACCCCAUGGACCAGUACAUGCGCCCCCCUCUGGCGCCCCCACUGCACAGCAUGAUGGGACACCGCGGUUUGAAUCAGUCCUCCGAUGGUGGUAAUAGCUCCACCUACUGUCAGAACAACCUCAUGUCAUCCCACUAUGGCUUCCCCCAUGGCCACGGAUCAGACCAUAUGGGAGGCGGCUCGCGGUUCUCCACGCCUCGCUCCAUGCUGAAGCUGAGUAAGAAGCGUGCUCUGUCCAUCUCUCCUCUGUCGGACGCCAGCAUGGACCUCCACACGGUCAUCAGGACUUCUCCUAACUCCCUGGUAGCAUUUGUCAACUCACGCUGUGGACCCAAUGGAGGCUCCUCCUACGGACAUCUGUCUGUUGGUGCCAUGAGUCCAUCUAUGGGUUACUCCAACUCAAUGAACUACCAGUCCAGACAACAGGUCUCUAUGUACGGUGGACACACCCCAGAACCCUGCCACGCCCCUCCCACCAGAAUACCCCCACACAACCACCGACUCCACGCACCCAAACAUGGACACCUGAAGACAGAGCCAGGGCUGGGCAGUGUGAUGGAUGGGAUCAAUAUUAAGAGUCUGGAGGAGAGGUCCGAGGGAGACGUGGCUAGCCCUUCCUCCACUGGCACACAGGAUCCUCUGAUGGGUCUGCUGGAGGGUCGGGAAGAUCUGGAUAGGGAGGAGAAACCGGAGCCAGAGGCCAUCUACGAGACCAACUGCCACUGGGAGAGCUGCAGCAAGGAAUUUGACACGCAGGAGCAGCUAGUGCACCACAUCAACAAUGAGCACAUCCACGGAGAGAAGAAGGAGUUUGUGUGCCACUGGCAGGAGUGUUCCAGGGAGCAGAGACCAUUCAAAGCCCAGUACAUGCUGGUGGUUCACAUGCGCAGGCACACAGGAGAGAAACCACAUAAGUGUACUUUUGAGGGUUGUAAUAAGGCCUACUCUCGCCUGGAGAACCUGAAGACCCAUCUGAGGUCUCAUACGGGGGAGAAACCAUACGUCUGUGAACACGAGGGCUGCAACAAAGCCUUCUCCAACGCCUCAGACAGAGCCAAGCACCAGAACCGCACACACUCCAACGAGAAGCCCUACGUGUGUAAGAUCCCUGGGUGUACUAAGCGCUACACAGACCCCAGCUCUCUGCGGAAGCACGUUAAGACAGUCCACGGCCCUGAGGCUCACAUCACUAAGAAGCAUAGAGGAGACACUGGGCCGCGGCAGCCAGGCUCAUCACUGACCCCCGGUGGACAGUGUGGUGAACUGCUGCUGGAGAAAGAGGAGGCUGGACACAGGGAGGACUGCAAACUGCUGGCACCUGAGAGCACUCUGAAGUCUCAGCACAGCCCGGGUGGCCAGUCUUCCUGCAGUAGCGAGCGUUCUCCACUGGGGAGCGCCAACAACAACGACAGCGGUGUGGAGAUGAACCUGAAUGCAGCGGGCAGUCUGGAGGACCUGACCGCUCUGGAGGACGGAGGGGCAGGAGGAGGCAGCGAGGCGGGGGGGUCAGGGGCAGGCACAGCAGGGAUGGGGGGCAUGUCGGCACAGGCCCUGAAGAGACUAGAGAACCUGAAGAUAGAGAAGCUGAAACAGAUCAGACGGCCCACUCCGCCCGGACGCUGUGGAGGGGGGAACAAGCUGCCUGCACUCACAGGUGGUCCAGGGGAGAUGAUCGGAGGGAUGUGUUCUCCCUCGCCCCUCCUCUCCAACCGCCGAGUCAUGGAACUGUCCAAUCACGAGCUGGGGGGUGGAACCUCUGGCAUGGUCUGUCCUAUCAGUGACCGGAGGGGGAGUGGCACCAGCAGCCUGAGCUCAGCCUACACAGUGAGCCGUCGUUCUUCCAUGGUUUCCCCCUACCUCUCCAGCCGGCGCUCCAGCGAGGUCUCCCAGCUAGGAGGAGGGGGAGCAGGGUUCCUGGGUCCUGACCAGGGAGGAGGUGACACCCUCCCCCCUGAGACCAGCUGCAGAGGAGGGCCCUGUCAUGGUGUUGGAGGGGGAGGAGGAGGGUUGCCAGAAAUGUCUAGUCUAACACCAGCCCAGCAGUACAGCCUGAAGGCUAAGUAUGCAGCAGCCACUGGCGGCCCACCCCCCACCCCGCUGCCCAGCAUGGAGCAGGGAUCAGGGACACAGAGGAGGAGAGGGGGCUUCCUCAGCGAGUACCAGGGUCAGCCGCUGCCAGCGUUCCUGCAGUAUGGCGGUCCCAGGAGACACAGUGCCAACACAGGAGAGUAUGGCACUGGGGUCAUCUACCCCCACCAAGCCCCAGGGAAUGCCACCCGGCGCUCCAGUGACCCCGUCCGCUCCACUGGCAACCCCCAUGCCCUUCCCAAGGUGCAACGUUUCAACAGCCUGAACAACCUGGCCAUGAUGGGCCGGAGGAACGCCCUGCAGCAUUGUGGGUCAGACGCCAACAUCACUCGCCAUAUGUUAUCCCCGCGGCCACCCAGCAUCACCGAGAACGUCAUGAUGGAGGCCAUGGCCAUGGACGCCCAUGGUGGAACCAUGGAUGCCAGGGACCAUGGCAUGAUGCUUCCCCCAGGAGAGAGAGGCUUCCUGGGCUACCAGAGUCACCACAUGGGGGGUCCCUCCAGCCAGUUAUCACCCAGCCACGACAGCCUGGGCUGCCCAGAGCAGGGCUACCAGGGAGAGACACAGAUGGCCAUGCAGGGUGGCCACUACCAGGGUACUACCAGGGGACCAGGCCAGGCCCAGAUAGGAAAAGGGGGACCCAUCCACCCAGACGGGAUGUCCAACACCUUGCUACAGCAGGCUGAGUACAGCAUGAGUACCUGCCAGCUCAGCCCCUCUGAACCACACUACCCCAGCCUGGGCCAGGGAGGGCCCGAUGGAGGUGCAGGGCCCUGGGAGGAGAGCAGCCAGGUCCAGACCCCUCAUGGAGCUCUCCAGACAGGGAUGCAGUACCAGGACCAGGGCUCUAUGAGUCUGUACACCCAAGGCCCAGAUGGAGGCCACCAGAAACUGAACAUCAAACCAGAGCAGCAGCAGUAUCAUCCAGCCCUUUCCAACCCAGACGCCUGCCAGAAGCAGCUCCACCAACACCAACAACAGCAGAGGCCCCACCCAGGGCAGACACCCAUGCCCAUGGGACCUAUGUCCCCCCAGAGUUACCCCCAGCAGGGACAACCUGGCCAGGGCAUGAUGAGGACCACCAACCCCUCCUGUGACUUCCAUGGUGGAGGUAUGGAGAACCAGAACCAGGCCUCCAUGCAGCAGCAAAGCGGGGGCCUCAGCCUGGGGUCGGCCGGUCUGGGGCCUGGGGGCCGCUCUCAGACACCAAUGAUGCAGGUGAAGGAGAUGAUGGUGAGGAACUAUGUGCAGUCCCAGCAGGCUCUGCUGUGGGGUCAGGAGCAGGACCAGAGGGGGAUAGGAGCGGAGGGAAAACCCCUUCCUCUGUCAGACAGCAUGGACAUGACAGGACAACAGGUGGCCAUGAUGCAGCAGCGUAGUCCCCAUCCCCAGCAACACCAGCCCCAGCAACACCAGCCCCAGCAACACCAGCCCCAGCAACAACACCAACCAACCCUCUACCCCAACCCAGACUCCAGCUACCCAGGCUAUUCCACCAACCAGAACCUGAUGAUCCCCCCAGCCCACAGCCGAGGAGGCCCCAGCUCCGGCUCCUCCAUCCCCCCUAACGAUGUCCACAUGAUGAGCCUGCAUGGAGGGCCAGGGUCCUGCUACAGCCAGGACAUGGGAGUCCCUGUGGUCCCUAGACCACCCCAGGGCCGGAAGCCUCUCAGCAGGCAGAAUAGUCUCCAGUCCCAGCCAGGAGGAGGGUACCUGGGCAGUCCUCCCCACCACAGCCCAGUACCCUCUACCUCCAGCCCAAGGAGAGCAGUCCGACUGCCCCCUGUCCAGGACCCUCAGACCCCCCACCAACCCCAUCAGGAGAUCUUCUCUCCCUCCAACAACAAUAACAACAUGUAUUACUCGGGCCAGAUCCACAUGCAGUACCCUAACAUGGACAAGCAGCAGAUCCAAAUCCAGCGGAUCACCCAUCCUCACCAGGACCCAACCCAGACCGGGCCCUGCCUCAACCAGCACCAGGUGCACCUGGUAACCCACAUGGACCAUCAGGGGAACAAGUCUGCCCAGCUGGGCUACCCCCAUGAGUCCACCCCCAUCUCCAAUGCUCUGGAAAACCUGGAUCUGGAUAAUGCCCAGAUAGACUUUACCUCCAUCAUUGAUGACCCUGACCCCUCGUCCUUCAGCCCCGUCAACCCACCUCUCCAUGGGGGUUCAUCCCAGACCUCGUCCCGCCUCACCACCCCCCAGACCUCCACCACCCUGCCCUCCUCUGGGCUCCCCAACAUGGCUGUAGGGGACAUGACCUCCAUGCUCACCUCUCUGGCUGGUGAGAGCAAGUACCUGAAUACUCUGUCUUAGAACCUGAACACAAUGUUCAAGAACAAGUACAGAACCCGAACACACUCAUAAAGUUGACUAGAGGGGCUCAGCCCUCUGUCUGAAGAGACUAAGUAACUGAAGACACUGUCGUAGUACAAGUACCUAGACUGUCCUAGAGUGGACCCUAGGGGCGCAGCUCGGUGGUUUUAGUGUUAGCUUACCUCAUAACAUAAAGUUACAGGAAAUGACUGUGUAGAGUAUAGGUACUGAAGAUAUUUCCCCAUUCUCUUGGCCUCACUUUUCUGUCCCUGGCCAGGAUGGACAGAUAUUCAGUAGCUACUGCUUAGAGGACUUUAAGCCAAACCAAAGGCACCUACUGAUCUUGAUCACUGUGUUCUCUUGUCUCAUGAGAAGAUAAUGGACUUUGGAGUUGCUUGGUACAAAACUGUUGCUUGGUACAAAACUGUUGCUUGGUAAAUAACUGUUGCUUGGUACAAAACUGUUGCUUGGUACAAAACUGUUGCAUGGAACAAAACUGUUGCUUGGUGCAAAACCGUUGCUUGAAACAAAACUGUUGCUUGGUACAAAACUGUUGCUUGACGCAGAACUGUUUGCCUGAAAUGACUGUCAUCACCAUAGCGACGUCAACGCCAUAAUGACGUGUUCACCGUAAUGACAUCAUCACCAUAAUGACGGUCAUUUCAAUCACAGGUUCUUUAGGGCAACAGUUGGACAGAGAGGGUACCACGAUGUAAAUAAGUUAUCCAUUUAUAUGCUGUGUAUAUGACAAUGUUGACAGUGACGGAACUCUAAUGUCUGUCUCGUGGACUGCUUAUGGAAUUCCGAGGUCUAACCCUUCCGUAAUGAGAACUGAGGAAAACAUAGCUCUUCCGAGGAAGAAUGUAAAAAAAAAAAAGUGCAUGAAAAAAAUGACUGAUAGACACCUGAAUGCUUUGAAGAUUCAUCUAUAUUCCCAGGGACACACUCCUGUCAGGGACAUACGCAACAUUGUGAUGACACACACACAUAAUGAUGACACACGCACGUAGUGAUGACACACACACACUCACAUCAUAAUGAUAACAUAUCAUAUCAGUAUUCACGCAGAGGCCAUUUUGGCAUGAAUCUGCUUCCAUACUCUGAAUCUGUUGUACGGUAAAGAGGCCAUGUUUUCAGACAGAGAGUUUGUUUACACUAGUUACGUGUUUACUGUAGCUAAUUGUUCUUAAAGCAGCUCACUCUUUUACAAUUAUAGGAGUUAUUGGGGAAGAAUAUCAAAAGUGCCUUUGUCUAAACGUAUAUAUGGGGCAUGAGAGGUACAGAGAAUAAAGGAGAGAGGGGGAUAGAGGGAGUACAGUCUCACAGGACCGAACUCCAUAACCUGCUGUACUUACUGUUGUUUACAGGGUCUUAACGAUGCCUUCACUUACCCUGAACAUCUUCAACAGGGUUUUAUAAAGAAUUGGGUGUACUGCGUUGAGGUACUGUAUCUGAGGUACUUUAACGUGUACGGGACCUCUGAGCUGCAGGAAGUGUGGCCUUCUGACGAUAGAAAUAGAAUCAGUCCACCCAAUAUGCCAUCAUUGACUAUAAUGGUAGGAACGUUCCAUAGAUACUAUUUCUAUGCAUCUGUAGCCAUGACCAGUAGAGCUGAUAUCACAUGACGUGACUUCAUACUGUGGCAUUGCACUGACUGCAGCGCUGCAUGGAUGAGGACAGACGGUUCUCUCUCCUCAGGCUUUGUGACACACAGACAGUCCAAGAGGCCAGCACAUACAGGAAGCCUAUGUGGCUUUGAUUUCACGUAAACGUCACCUUGGAGGAUAAUGAAAAGUAUCUUACAGUAGUAUCUAUCUGUUUGAAUUGUAAUUCUAGAUCACGUUUACACACAUUUACAGUAGAUCCUAUGAGGCUGUAUUUCAUUUCAGUAUUGGUGCCUUUUUAAUCCUGCUUGGUCACGACUAGUACUGUUCUCUAGUUCUUAAUACAACAGAGUUAGUCGUCAUGGAAACUCCUGGUCCUAUCCAUGACUAACCAUUGACAUUUGAUCUAGUUUGGAAAACUGUAUACAGACUACCGGCCAACCAAAGACGAUUUGAACUAACAAUAUUCAAGGAAUAAAAAGAAAAGAUGCAGAAAUAAAUGUUACACAAUACUAAUAAUCACAGUCACAGCGAUGAAGAUGUGAAUGGUUUGAUAGUAGUGUUACUUAGAAUGUAUCAUUUAAAAAAAAAAAAAAAGUAACAGGUUCUCUUUUUGUUUUUAUAACAACUUUAUCGUGGAUAUUUUUGUCUUUCUUUGUGUUGUGUGUUUUGAUACCUGUCUGUCACCAUUCAAUCAAACGUUUUGCUGGCAAAAUAAUAUUGUGUUAAGCAAUAAUGGCUAUAAUAGUAGUGUUUACUAUAUACACGCCAGCCGAGUGAUAUAUUUUAUACAAAUGUACUAUAUUUUACCAGUUAAGAAAUAAACAUGUUCAGCUUGA